CCUGGCGUGUUCCUUCUCUAUACUUGAGGAAGAGCCCAUGGACAUGGUUCUGGCACUGGACAUGCUGAAAUGGCAUCAGAGUUUCACUGACCUCAAGAAAAAUGUACUCGUGAUCAGCACCACAGGCUCACAGACCACCUUUCUUCCGGAGAAGGAGUUACCAGAGUGUGCCCAGUUGGCGUAUGUGGCCAGGCAAGAGGAAAUACGGCCAAAGGAGGUUGCAGACCAAGAAUUAGCAGAAGCCCUUCAAAAAUCUGUAGAGGAUGCAGAGCGUCAGAGGUCAUGAUGCAUGUCAUGUGUGUGUACUGCAGCUGAAGUGGGCCCCAGAGCAGAGAAAAGAGGUAAAGAAACUGCCUCACUGGGAAUGUCAUCAUUACCAACAUCAGGUGGAUUUAACCAUCAAGCCCAUCCUUCAGGACAGAGUCCUGAGAUUGGUAAUCCUCCAAAUCUUGCUCACUCUGUCUCUGCUUCAGUCUACCCCAUCAAGCCCCGUGACCCAGACAGCAUUGAACCUAAAGCUGUGAAGGCUUUGAAGGCUUCAGCUGAAUUCCAGAUAACCUCUGAAAAGAAAGAACAUCUUCCUCUACAGGAUCUUUCUGAUUGUGCUUCCUCAACAGACAGUGCUCCAGCAAACCAGAGUCCAGCUACGCCUUUGCAGAAUUCACUUGAAGAAGUCAUUGUUGGAAAUCUAGCGAAAUCUGCUGCAAGAAGCACCCAGGGCCUCAAAUCUCAUCUCCACACAAGACAGGAAGCUAGGUUAUUUGUCACAGCUACUAGGAUGCAAGAACCACAGAGGCUUAUCAGUGAAAAUGGUUGGCAUCCAGAAUAUCAGUACCUGAGUCAGGUAAAUGACCUUCAGCAGCAUGAAGAACCAAGGAAUGAACAGCAUGAGGUUAUACAACAAAAUGCUCCACAUGACCAAGAACAUCUUUAUAACAGAGGGGACCUUGAACUUCUUGGAGAAGAACAACAGAAUCAACAAAGAAGAGUUGAUUUGAAAGCUACAAUGAAAGGAGACAGUUUACAGCAGAAUGGGGACCUUCCAGGUACAGAGAAAAAUAUUCUACCUUCAGGAUGCUUUGGCUGCUCAAAUUCAGAAACACUUGUGGAAGUAGAUACAGUAGAACAGUCCCUAGUUGCUGUGCUUGUUUCAGCAGGCAAUCAAAAUACCAAUGUCAAGAACAUCGGUGCAUCUGAUCUCACCUUAGAUAAUCCCUUGAUGGAAGUAGAAACAUCAGAAUGUAACCUUUCCCCUGAAAUUUUGAGUAAUUCCAUUUCCACUCAGGAUUUACAGCUUCUAGAAAGUAAUGUUGAAAUAUCUAGAACAAAUAAAGAAUAUGGGAAUUGCUCCUCUUUAAGUCUCUGUGGCAGUGGUCAGCCCUCUGCAGAGUCAACAGAGGAAUCUUGCUCAUCUAUAACAGCAGCCUUGAAGGAACUUCAUGAACUUUUGGUCAUUAAUAGUAAACCAGCUUGAGAAAACACAUCUGAAGAAGUUACCUGUCAAUCAGAGAUAGUAACUAAGGGCCAAACAGGUAUUAAGGACCAUUCUGAAAGAUGGUCCCCAAAUGAGCAUCUUACAGCUACCCAGAGUGAACAGUGUUCACAAGUCUCCUUUCAUCAGGCCAUAUCUGUAUCAGUGAAGACAGAAGAAUUAACAGACACUUCAACUGAUGCUGGAGUAGAAGAUGUAGAAAAUAUUAACUUCAGGGGUCCAUGUGAUAGCCUUUUAACUGAUAAGGAAGGUGUCCCCAAAUCUAGGGAAUCAAUAAAUGAGAGUGUAGAAAUUUCACCCAGACUUUUAGCAAGUGAGGAGGAUGCACUCAAUCAGACUUCUGAGCAAACCGAAUCCUUGUCAUCCAGUAUCAUAUUGGUUAAAGAUUCAAGUCAGUGCACACAGAAUCCAGUGACAGACAGGCCUGAGACCAGAGAAAAUGUUCUGAAGCUGCAGGGCCACUUCUAG